AUGAAUAUCAUUAGAAAAAUAUCACAAUUUCGUCUAGGCACACUCAAUAUUCAUUUCUUUACUGACUUAAAAGGACAAUCUAAUGUUUAUCGUCUUGCUCAACUUAUCAAGCCAAUGUCAUUUGAUGUAAUUGGUCUUCAAGAAGUGCUUCAUACUGAUCAGCCACCAGGUACUGUUGCUGAAAAGUAUUACCAGUUUCAAUUACUCUCCGAUCUACUUCAGUUACCUUACAUUGCAUUUUGUAAUACUUCACAUAGAUUUGGUAAUGCAAUUCUUUCACGAUUUCCAUUAAAAACUAGCAUCAAUUAUCUUACAGAAGCAAUCGAAAAUCACGAUAUACGUGGAAUGUUAGUAGUACAAGUCAAUCAUGAGUUCUUUAAUGAUAAUGAUGCUAGAUUGUAUGUAACUCAUUUAGAUCAACUUAGUGAACAAGUACGUUUAAAACAAAUGGAACAAUUUGAAAAACAUAUAUAUGACUCAGGUCUUCAAUUAAUUGUAGGUGAUUUUAAUUCAUUGACAUUUGAUGAUUAUUCCAAUGAUUAUUUUAAUGUUAAUAUUCAUGAUGUACGUCAACGAAAUUCAUGGGAAAAUCCAUUCAAUUUAGUAACAAAUAAAAUGAAAACAAAUGGAUAUUAUGAUUGUUGGCGAGAAAUGAAUAAAGAAUAUAUUGAUCAUCAAGUUAUGACAUGUAUAUAUAAGACACGAAUUGAUUAUAUUUGGAGACGAGGAGAACUAAAGAAUGGAUGGGAAAUGAAUGAAUGUCGAAUUUUUUCAACUGAAGAUGCAACCGAUCAUAAUGGUGUAUUAGUUGAUUUUAUAAAAACUAGCUAA